CGAUCGAGGUAUGCCGACUAGACUGAAGGGUAAAUUUUAUAGGACGGCAAUUAGGCCUGCAUUACUGUAUGGCGUAGAGUGUUGGGCGGUGAAACAAUGUCACAUUCAAAAGAUGAGUGUGGCAGAGAUGCGCAUGCUGCGUUGGAUGUGUGGGCAUACUAGGAAGGAUCGCGUGAGGAAUGAGACAAUCAGACAAAGGGUGGGAGUAGCACCUAUUGAAGACAAGAUGCGGGAGUCGCGCCUACGGUGGUUUGGUCAUGUGCGUAGAAGACCGUGUGAUGCACCUGUCAGACGAGUCGAGAUGUGUGGAGAAGAGGCAGAGAAGAGAGGGAGAGGAAGACCCAAACAGACGUGGGUUAGGGGAGUUCGAAGUGAUAUGCUUCUUCUGGGUUUGGAUGAGGGCAUGACUUUGGAAAGAGCUAAGUGGAGAGCGGGUAUUCGUGUGGAGGAGUGAUCUCGUAUCAUCUUUUUCCCUCAUCUUUUUUCCUUGUUUUUUAUCCUUAUAUAUAAACAUUAUUUUUAUCCUUUUUAUUUAAUCAUUUUUAUGUAUAUUCAUCUCUUUUUAUAUUAUCUUUUUA